GCGUCACACAAAUGGCGGACAUAAACACAGCUGCAGCAUUGAGAGAGGCCCGUGUAACACAUCUCUUUUCAACAUGAAUAACGUCGAAUGUGAGCGUCUAGAUAGCCUAGAAGGCUGGGUCGCCGUUAAAAGUAACAUAUUCGAAGAACCGGAGGCGUUUAAGUUAGGUUUUAUCGUACAGUGGAACGUCACCGAGUGUAAAUUCGCAGUCACCUGUCACAAUAGGACAUUACAGCGACAGAGACGGAAAGCCGAACUUAAUGUCGGAGACCAAAACCAAACAAGCUGGGCCGGACUCUUCUCAGUGAACGACUUAAAACACAUUCAUCAACAGUUAACAUGUAUUGGCGAUGUGUUGGCUGCUUGCUUUCCCGAUUUGUCGGAGUUCGAAGCUGGCAACAUUUGGGACUUGCUCUUUCCGAGUCGGAAGUCUUCCUGGGAUGACGAACAGAAGGACUUGGACACUCCGUGUAGGAAGCUGGAAAAGUAUUUCAGCACCGCCAUUGACAUCUGCGGAAGGAAAAUAGUUCUCGACACGCUUUUCACCCAGGAUGAACGUGACGUGGACGACUACUUUGACAAUCUACAGGAGUUCAAGAGGAAGAGCAUGCACGAGGAGAUGUCAAGGGCCAAAGGUCACGUGCGUCAGCUGCUGCAGAGUCACACCAGUGCUGACGGUAUGGUUGUUCUGCUCGCCAUCUACUCAGAAGAGGAUGAGGCCUACCAGGACCUGGUUACUGUGGCCACUACCUUCUUCCAGUACCUGCUGCAGCCUUUUAGAGACAUGCGAGAGCUGGCCUGCCUCUAUAAAUUGGAGAUACUGAAGUCCCUGGAGUUUGACGACUUGGGCCCUAAGAGGAUUGAAGCUCUAGAGAAGGAGGCGGAGGAGUGGAGGACGAAAGCGGAGGAUGCAGUGGCUUCUAUACAGGAUAUCACUGUUACCUACUUUGCACAGACUUCCAAAGCUUUGGCUGGUAUGGUGAAGCAGAUGGAAGAGGACAAGUGUCGCUUUGGAGUCGCUGCUUGGGCUUCUGCAGCUCCAAGACUGGAAAAACUGCGCUUCCUGCUGGCCAAAGAAGCCCUGCAGCACAUGAGAGCAACAGAGAUGUGUCAGAAUCGCAAGAAAGACAGCAUCAGAAAAGAGAUUGUUGGCUUGGAUGGUAGAGACCAGAACCAGACAGCUGAUUGUACUCUCGCUUCUGAGCAAGACCAACAGCAAGUCGCUGUCGAUAGGCUGGAGCUGCAGUUCUACGAAAUCCAGCUAGAACUGUACAAUACCAAGUUUGAGAUCCUGAAGAACGAGGAGCAGCUGCUGGUGGCUCAAAUAGACAGCCUGCAACGUCAAAUCCGAGAACUGAAGGAGGAGGUUGUGUAUUAUGAUGUAUGCGAGGAUCCGGAGGAACUCCACAGCAUAGUUCACACGGGCUCUCAGCACGCUGAAGCUACAGCUGUGGGUCAGCUGAAAAGACGUCUGCAGCACUUGGAAAGCAAGAGAGGCAACAUCUGUGCCCGGCGAGCCUACCUGCGCAACAAGAAGGACCAGUGUGUGGAGGCCCAUGAGCAGAAGCAGCUUGCAGCCAAACACAGAUCUAUACUCUUUGCCCAGCAUCAUCAAGUCCACUUGAAACGAGAGAAGAAGAAGGAGGAGGAGCAGAGGAGAAAGCAGUGGGUGGACCAGGAGCGGGAGAAGACCCUGAGCAGAUUAAGAUCCUUCAGAGAGAAGCGACAGGGUCAGUACAUCCUAAAGACUCCUCAGUCCACAGUGUCUCCCACAGAGUCAUCCUCUCCUUCUCAGCCGCUGUCCAUCAUCAGCCUUGGCCCUUCUCCCACCUGCGACGCACCGGCCUUCAUAUGCCCUGCACCCAUACGCACAAAAUCUCCAGUGAAAGCACAGCCGAAAGACAUCCCGGUCCAAAUAUACCCUGCACCACCACCUCCAUCUACAGAUACCUCUACUGUAGUCGCCCUUGCACCUCCUCCUCCACCUCCUCCUCCACCUCCACCUCCACCACCGCUUCCAGACACCCUCUCUCCUCCACCAGUCAGCACUUCCGGUGAGGACAAACCAAUGCCACUCAGUGACAGAGAGUUGCCUCCUUUUCCAGCUAAGAGAACACUGACACAAAACAUAGGAACCAUGGAUCAAGUGCUAGCCUCACUGCAGCGGGGGCAGAGCCAGCUUAGAAAGACACCGAGUUCCAGGACGCCUCCCCCUGCUGGGGACUUGAGAAGCAGUCUGAUGUCUGCCAUCCGACAAGGAGUCACCUUGAAAAAGGUGGUUCCGGCGCGUUCCCAAGUCCAGAGCAGCAGCAGCAGCAGCAGAGACAACGAAUUGGAGCGCAGCAUCAAAGCUGCUAUGAUGAGGAUGAAGAAGGUGUCAGCCGACUCUGAUGAAGAGGACAGAGGAGACGAGGAAACACACAGUGGAGAUUGGGACAGCUGAGACACACACUCAGGCACGUACACACACACACACACACACACACAUAUCUGUUCUUCCAGUACCUCUGCUGCUUUAUUGACUAACAUUUACCAGGCGGCCAAAAUUGUAUCUUGAGGUUUUCUGGAAAAUGUGUCUCCAACAUAAACAAGCUGGCUUUUAAUAAACUCGCAUGUAUUUGCAAAUUAAGAGUUUAGAAGAGAAGACAUGAAGCGUGUAGUACUUCAGUUGGGAAAUGGAAAGAGAACAUGAUUACUCUGCAAUGCAAUACUGUGUUGUAAAGCAGGCAAGAUACUAAAUAUAAUGCUUUUUUUUUUUUUUUUUUACAUUUUCCAUGUAUAAGAGUACUAGGGACACACUGAAAGAGGGGAACAUGAUAUCAAAAUCAUGAGAACAAAGAUGUAAUUUUGAAAUCUACAAGGUGAAGAAACCUUUCUUGUGUAAAGAUGAUCAAGUUAAACAUUAUUACCAAUUUGACGGAUUUCAUAGCAAAUUAUGAAAAAUAUGAUAAUUAAAUGCAGGAAUGUUCAUUCAUUCAUUCAUUCAUUCAUUUUCUACCGCUUUUUCCUCACGAGGGUCGAGGGGGCUGCUGGCUAUCUCAGCUGUCUUUGGGCGAGAGGCGGGGUACACCCUGGACUGGUCGCCAGCCAAUCACAGGGCACAUAUAGACAAACAACCAUUCACACUCACAUUAACCUAGCAUGUUUUUGGAAUGUGGGAGGAAACCGGAGUACCCGGAGAAAACCCACACAUGCACGGGGAGAACAUGCAAACUCCACACAGAGAUGGCCGAGGGUGGAAUUGAACCCUGGUCUCCUAGCUGUGAGGUCUGCGCGCUAACCACUAGACCACCGUGCAGCCCAAAUGCAGGAAUGUUAAAUAAUAAUAAUAAUGUUAAAUGAAGUCUCACAUUAGCUCUCAUAAUACCACCGAAUCAAACACUGGUACUUCUCCUCCCUGGUAGGCCCAUCUCUAGCUACCAGUAUCACGUUGCCAAACCAUCUCAGGCUGGCUUAAGGUCAGAAAGGCCAGCAUCUUUAUCAGCACCAGGUCCAACCAUGCCUCCUGUUGGUCAGCUGGACCAUCUCCAGACCGUACAUAGGGGGCAGUCUCACUAAUGACUCGCCUGUUGUUCUGAACGGUUAACCCUAACUACUUAAAUACUAUAUUAGUAUGAAAUAAUUCAGCAUGGAUAUUGACUUAAUACUUUCCCAAAUCGUUGCGUUGCUAAAGUAUCCAUAUUGGUAUCAGCGGUAUGAAUCGGUUUUUACUUGUAUGGUUAUUUUCUUUUCAGUGUGACCCUACUACUCCUUGCUGUGCACAUUAGUGACUUCACUUUGUCCAUGUUUGUAAUGAAUGAGUGAAGCUGAUAUGCAGUAUUAUCAAUGUACACUAUUUCAUCUCAUUAGACUAAAACUUCUGAUGAACAUUUUAAGAGCAGUUGAAAAGACUUUUGCAGUAUUGGAGCUUAUUUUUAUAGGAAGCAAUUUAUUGCAAUUAAGCAUAAAAGUGAUAACCUGGUCAGAAGUUGAAGACCACAGCCUUUAAAAGCUAAAUCCUGGCAAAAAUUUGGGUUUUAACAACAAAAUAUGUAUUCGAGGACCUUGACUCCUUCUCCUGCUUAUCCGAGGUCGGGUCACGGGGGGUGGGUGGUGCAACAGCCUAAGCAAUUCAGCAAUUUUUUUUUGUCUCGCUGCCAUUUCUUUUUUUUUUUUUGCAUGUUGAAGCUCUAUUUAGAACCUCCCAUUUUUUUUCUUGCAAUUUUUCAACUCAAGUUUGCUGAGGAGUCGCUGUUGUUUCACAAUUGUCCAUUUGGGGCGCAGUUGAGCAAUAAUUGUCCCAAGACAGACAAUGAUUCUAUGAUGUAUGGUGUGUGAGGAUCUGCUUGUUUUCCUUUCAAAUAAAUCAGAUUGAACAACGGACAUAAAGUGUGUGGGUCUGUCAUGUCCUCACGAUCUGAUGUUCCCGUCCAUUAAUGAGUCAGCUCACCUACAUGGAUAUCUUGUCAACCUGUGAGUGUGCUUCAGAGGAUUAGCUGCCCACAUUAAGAUGAAUCAUCUUUGAUCUACAUCCUGCCAGCUGCCGCUCUCCAGAUGUGGAUGGAGUGAGCUUCCUCUUCCUCGUGUGAUACAGGUGCAAGAUGGGUCAAGCGACUGGCGGCUACUUGGGUACCGAGCCACCCACUCCCGAUUGUCAACAUGAGAAUCCGCAGCCUGUUACUAUGGCAACAGUCUCCCCAGUAGUGGCCUGCAAUGCCGUCUCACAGACACGUGCGCAGAGCGGCUCGGUUCCUAAUGUUUCUCCAACUUGCCCACUCAUCAGUGUUGAAGUAAAGGGACAGACGCCAUACGGGAAGGAAAAUGAAGGUCAGAAGUGCUUUUUUUUUUUCUUACAUCACAUUCUAUGUUGGACUGGUUUGUUUAUUUGAAUGCGCCCAAAUGGCAGCUGAAGUAUCACAACAUCCGCCAACAGCAAGAAAAUGCCACUUCUUUCAAGCAGUUUGGCAAAUCACAUUAGUGUCAUUUCUAGCUACCUGGCAACUCGGUUUGUAUUGGCCCACAGCACAUUGUAUAAAUAAACACCAAAAAACACAGGAAAAAUAAGGGAAAAUACAGCUUAUAAAGUUAUACUGAUAUAAUACUAAUGAAUAAUUAAAGCGGUCUUUAAAUAUAUGGAGUAUUUAAGCUUUUUACAAAACUAAAAAAUACACUUAAUUCCUUGUUUUUCCUCAGUUAAUGGGUUCAAGAUUCGAUUUUACCCGUUUGUAAAUACAGGUUUUAACAUUAGAGGCCUCUAGACAUGAAUUAAAGUCACCUAUACACUCAUAUUACCCAAAAAUAAGCCAUUUAAGAAUUUGCAAGUUUUAGCUUGUUGUGGAUUAUGGCUGUAUCAGUAGCCUGUAUUAUUUUUAAUAUGUUGUUAUUGUGUAAUAAAAGCCUCUUGUUCUGAUGAUUAAAGGGAUAGUUAGGAUUUUUUUUUUUUUUUACAUGAAUUCGUAUGACAUCUCCAUCUAUCACGACUCCCCCCCAAUUGAUCCGUGAGCCCAGUUGCAUCGCAGCCAUCAUCAUCUCCAUUUAAUAUUCUUUACUUGUGGCCCCAGUCACUAAUCGGAACUACAUUCGUCACCGAAACCUGACCAGAACUCUGCUCAUGGGACCAAGUGGGGGGGUAAGUCACAGUUGAUGCGCUUCACUGCUAAUGGGGACGUCAUACAACUUCAUGUCACCAAUUACUGACACCUAGUGACCAAUGUGGGAUACUGCAUUCACAAUUUGGAUUCACGUUUUCAAUAGAUU